CGCUUCAUUUUGCAUAAGUGCCGCAAAAUGCGCGCGUGUUUCAGUUUCCAUUUUCUGUUGUCAUUUGUUGCUGCUGGCCAAGUGAAUUCGCAUUUGCAUUAAUUACCCACACAAGUAUAUAUAUAUAUAUGUUCGCUCGUCUCCCAUGAUACUCAAUAAGUACUUAAUAUUCAAAAAAUAAAAUAAAAAAAAAAACCGAAAUAAUUUCAUUCAGCCAAACAAACUUGACAACAAUAAAUAAUAAAAACUAAACUACAAAACUGAACGUGGUCCGUCGCUGAGGGACGACGUCGUCGUGUGCGAUAAGCAAACCAAAGCAACAACAACUGCAACAAGCAAAGUGUGUGUUUAUUUUAUUUUCAUUGAAGUUGCAUUCUUGCCAGCGUCACUGCAACUGCGUUAACAGCAGCAGCAGCAACAAUAACAGCAGCAGCAACAACAACAACAGCAGCAACAAUAACAGCGACUGCAGCGUUAAAAGUUAGGAUUUGUUUCAAACCAUGCGGCGAUGAGGCGGUCAGCAGCUGGAAAUAUGCCGUGCCACUUGUUGCAUGAAGGUUCCAUGCAGCAAAAGCAAAAGCAACAGCAGCAGCAACGAACUUGCAUUAGGUAUCCCGAAUGUUACUCAUUCGCCAUGUCUCGCCAGGAUGCAACUGUAGCAUGGUGCAGCAGCAGCUGCCAUCGAUUGCAGCUAAGAAGCCCUGAAUAAUUCAACUAUUACCAAUCAACAAAUAAUUAACAACAACAAACAAACGAACAAAGUCGGCAGCAACAUAACCCAAAAUGUCUGAGUCGCGUCGGCAGUCAGUCAGCUUUACGGCAAUGCCACCGGGUGUUCUAGUCAACGAUAGCCGGGCCAAUUCCUCCGAUGACAUACAAAUCGCCCUAGCGCCGCACAUCCAAACCUAUCUAAGUCAAACCGGACGCCGGCACUCCUGCUGCAGCGUCAUGCUGCCGGUGGCCUUUGAGCGAGCAGCCGCCAAAUCAUGGCUAGAUCCCAAAUUCGAUUCACCUGUGCUCGAGGAGCAGUUCCAAGCCAGCGUUUUUCCACACAUUCGCAUGCGAUACAGAUUCACAUUGUCGUACAUUUUACUGUGCUCUGUCGUGUGGUGUGCGUAUUUUGUGAUCGAUGGCGGCUCGGAGGACUUUUGGCGUCCCAUCUCAACGUCGUUUUCAAUGAUGUCACUGGUGACGAUAAUGGCCAUGUGCUUCACACACUGGGAACUGUACAAGCAGCACAGGAUCUUGACGUCGGCGUUGACAGCAUUAAUCCUGUGCAGCGCCUCGCUGGCCUUUCUCACGUACACGGGCAGGGCGUUCAGUCCAUUAGGUCACUUUGCCAUCUGCCUAGAGAUCGUACUGCUCAUCUAUACAGCGCUGCCCAUGCCGCUCUGGCUAUGCGCCAGCACUGCAAUCUUCUAUUCGAUAGCCUUCGAGCUUGUCUCCCACAUGGUCAUCGGGCUGAGUGCUGUGCAUAGCACAACAACGGAUAUAGCUGCCAUCACAGGAGAAGGAGAAGGAGGAGCAGGAGUAACAGCUGAAGGUGGCAGCGAUCCCAGCCACAAGAUACUAAUGCUAAGAAUCCUGUCGCACUUGAGUGUGCACCUGGUGGGUGUGCAUGUGCUGGUCAUGAAUCUGGUGCGGAUGCGCGGCACCUUUAUGAAGGUGGGUCAAAAUCUGCUGGUUCGCCGCCAGCUGGAAAUGGAGAAGCAGCUCAAGGAGAAGAUGAUACACUCUGUGAUGCCGCCCAAGGUGGCUGACAUGCUGCUCAACAAGGGCGGCGAUCCGAAUCAGAUACCGGAAUCCCAUUACAUGCGUCCACGCGCCUCCCACGGUGUGAAGUCACUGUUCCGGCCAUUUCAUAUGCACAGCAUGGAGGAUGUUAGCAUCCUGUUCGCCGAUAUUGUCGGCUUCACGCGGAUGUCCUCAACCAAAACGGCCGAGCAGCUUGUCGAGAUUCUGAACGAUCUCUUCGAACGCUUCGAUGACCUCUGCACUCUUAGCGGUUGCGAAAAGAUCUCCACCCUGGGUGAUUGCUAUUAUUGCGUAUCCGGCUGCCCCGAGCCCCGUGCCGAUCACGCCAUCUGCUGCGUAGAAAUGGGUCUUGGCAUGAUUGAAGCCAUGCGCUGCUUCGAUGCUCAGCGCCACGAGGGCGUCAAGAUGCGCGUCGGUGUCCACACUGGCACCGUACUCUGCGGCAUUCUGGGCACCGGACGCGUCAAGUUCGAUGUAUGGAGCAACGACGUCAACCUGGCCAAUAAAAUGGAAUCUUCAGGGAAGCCAGAGCAGGUGCACAUUUCGCAGGAGACGUCGAGCUUUCUGGGCGACGCAUACUACCUUGAAGAGGGAGAGGAGGUCUUUGGUCAUCGCACCUACUUUGUGGUUGGGCGCCGUCGGGACAUAUCGCGCACCAAUAGCUUGAGGUCGUGCAUAACGGUUACUGCCCCUGGCGUCAGUUCGCUUAUGCUACCUGGAGCAGGAGCAGGAGCAGGUGGUCAUGGCGGGCUUGCAUCGUUAUCGCAGAGUGCGACGAGCAUAUCGGUGGUGCAUUCACAUGUGCCACCCGCCUCGCCAGUGGGUCAGCUGUCCAACUCGCUGAAGUCCUCGCCGGUGCUCUCAAUGCGGCCACGCCUCACCUCGCUGAGCAUUAAGCAGCGCAACAAGUCCCAGUCGCACAGCCGCAACCGAGAUGUGGAGCGCGGCAUUAUAAAUCCAAUUGCCACUGGUAUACCGCCGGUGAUUGUGGUGCGCGAGAGGCCCAAGAUUAUUAUAACGACCAAAUCGCUGCCGGACAGCCUUGAUUCCGAUGAACAGCAGCCAGCCAUGGAGCAGCAAAAGGAACAGCAGCAGCAACAGUCCGGAACACGUUCCAAUUUCAAGCUCAAAGUGCUAAAAAUAACCAAGUUUCUGAAACUGAAUCCAAGUCGCAAGGAUAAAGUAGAGGGCCCCGAUAAGAAGCCAAUCCGCACGAACUCAAGUUGCUUGCCAGCGCCCGGCGAUGAAACGGUGGCAUUCAUUGAGCCAGCUGCAGCGCCAGUCUUGAACGGCUGCGGCUAUCAACAGCUGCCCGUCCUGGUCGAGACGACGUGCAGCACACGGUUGGGCAGCACCCAAAAGCUGGACAUACCCAUGUCGCGGCCAGUGCUGCAUCACGCGGCCACUUCGACGGCCCUCUCCAGCAAUAAUAUCCUGCGAUCCCCCGAUGCCAAUGCGGCAGCGACAUCUGGACACACGGCCAGCGGCGUCGGUAUUGGUGGCAGCUGCUGCUCACCGGGCCAGUAUUCCAUGUACGAUGACAUCAUCGAUGUGCGCUCCUACAUCAGCCAGUCGCGCAGCGACAUAUCUCCCUUUGGCCGGACGGGCAGCUAUCGAUCCCAAUGCGGCCGUCAGUCAGCGGCUCCAUCGGUCGGUCAAUCCGUGGAGCAAUCACCCUUGCCACGCCCGCGCGCCUCAACACUCUCAGUGGGACGAGCACCACUCGGCACUGAGCCCAGCACCAGUGCCAAUGCCAAUGCCAAUGCCAAUCCUACGUCCAGUGGCAAUCCUUGCUGCUUGCCAGCACCCGCACCUGGCGCCAGUGCAACGUAUACGCAUUCGCGUAACUCGAGCAUUUGGCCGGAUGGCUUGAGCAUCUGCCCGUCGGCGACGUCGCGCAAGGAUUCGGGGAUUAAGAGUAAUUCGCGACGCAGCUCGAUACAGCAGCAGAUCUAUGCGCUGAAUCAGUCGGCGAUUAGCCAGCAUCGCGUCUCCGGCUACUUUACCAGCUCCACGUCAAGCAUUUCGAAUCUUGGGGAGGCGGGGGCGUUGCCGUUUCCAUUGCCACCGCCACCGCCAGCAGCGGCAUCGAUGGCGCCGCAGAUGGUUGAUCCGCUGGCCGCAUGCCUGCAGCAGCUGCGCAAACAAUCCGAUCUGCAACUGAUACGCUGUGUGCGAGACAACGAUCUCUCGCAGCGCAGCUAUCUGGUUAAGCCGCCGUUGCACGGCUUCAGCUUGUACUUUGAGUCGCGUGAGCUGGAGAACGACUUCCGGUCCAAGGCGCAUCGUUUUGGCAGCGAGAACGAGACGGAGGGGCCGCCGACACUGGCCACGCCCCGCUACAACACAUACAUUGACAUCUUUGUGGGCAUCGCUGUCUAUCUGUGCAUAUCGAUAUCGCUCUUCCUGAUGACCCAGAACACGGUGACGCCCAGCUUUCGCCUGUGGGUGACGCUCUUCUCCUGCUUCACAGCCAUCCAGGUCUUUGCGCUCUUCCUCUUCACGCGCCAAAUGUGCCGCCGCCAUGGCACCCGUACGCGCUCCAAGUCCGCUGCCAGUGCAAGUGGUGGCAACAGCGAUGUGGCAGCUGCAGCCGCAGUCGCAGCAGCAGCAGUUGCUGCAGCUGCUUCUGAUACGCAGGUGCCCGUGCAGCAGGAGCAGGACCAGGAACAGGAGCUCGAACAUUUUGAAUCAUGCGCGGAUCGCAUCUUCGAGGCAAUAUCCAGCUGGUAUCCCUGGCACAUCUGUUUGGCCGUACUCAUGGCCAUGCCCGUCGUCCUGAUCAUCGCCAACUUUCUGCUGCUCGAUCUCACACAACUGGAGGCAUUCGAGUAUCAUUACGGAUUCCUGAUCUUCGUCUGCAUCGUGCACUUCUGCAAUUUUACGCAGCUCAAUUGUUGGAUGCGCAACGUAUUGGCCUUAAUGGCCGCUCUUUGUUUCGUUGGCAUCGCCGUCUCGCAGCUGACCGUCUACUCCAGACGGUCGGUGAGUGACGCGGAUCAGGAACUGGAGCCGGAUCUGAGCAGCACGGCGGCAGCGUCAUUCAUCUUUGAGGAGAUCAAAUGGUUUGAUGACUACCACGUUGAGAUCUAUUUGGAUCUGUUGCUGAUACUGGUGCUGGUCUGGUUUCUCAAUCGUGAAUUCGAGAUCGGCUAUCGGCUGACCUUCUAUGGCAAUGCACGCGCCAACCAGGACAAAAUACGUGUGCAGAACAUGAAGAACCAGGCGGAUCUGCUCCUCCAUAAUAUCAUACCCAAGCAUGUAGCUGAGCAUCUCAAGAAUACGGCCAAGUACUCGGAAAAUCAUCACAACAUCGCCAUCAUCUUUGCGUCCAUUAUCAACUUCAAUGAGAUGUACGAGGAGAGUUACCUGGGCGGCAAGGAGUUUCUCCGUGUGCUGAACGAGCUCAUUGGCGACUUUGAUGAGCUGCUAUCGAUGCCGAAGUUUCGUGCUGUCGAAAAGAUUAAGACGAUCGGAUCCACUUUUAUGGCUGCCAGCGGCUUGGAUCCAUCGCAUCGGGGCACCGGCGAUGAGCACAUCCACACCCUAAUGGAGUUUGCCAUCGAAAUUCAGCGGGUAGUUAAUGAGUUCAACAACCAUCUGCUCAACUUCAAGCUGAUCCUGCGCAUUGGCAUGAAUAUUGGCGAUGUGGCUGCCGGGGUUAUUGGCACCAGCAAACUCUACUACGAUAUUUGGGGCGAUGCUGUCAAUGUGGCCUCCCGCAUGGAUACAACGGGUCUGCCCAAUCGCAUACAGGUUGGCAAGGAUUGCCUGCCCUUUCUAUCCCCCUUGUAUGAGUUCAAGUCGCGUGGCUUCGUUCCCGUCAAGGGCAAGGACGAUAUGGAGGUGUUUAUCUUUACCGGACGUCAGUCGCAGCCGGAGGAGGAGCAGGAGGAGCAGCCCACCCUUAACGCAGAACUAAAUAAAAACAAAUGUGAAGAUAACGAGGAGGAACAGCAAAAGUUGCAACAAAAUGAGACCGAAGAAAAUAAUAGGGAUGACGAGAAUGCUGACGAUGAUAAUGUCGAUGAUGUCAAUGAUGCCGACGAUGCCGAUAAUGAUGAUGAUGAUGAUGACGUUGAUGAUGAUGUCAAUGAUGAUGAUGAUGAUGAUGAAUGCGACAUACACUCCAGCGAAACAACAACGUUGUUCAAGUCACAGGAAUCGUUGAAUACAACACACUCGAAUGGCGGCAGCCACUUUAAUGCAGCAAACACAGCUGACACAAACAAAGUCAAAUCAAAUCGAAAUCAAAUCAAAUCAACUUAAAUUGUGGCUUGAAGCACUUGGAAAAUGGUUUCAAAGUUGCAUUUACUGACUGAACAAAAUGUUGGCCAAAACAGUAGCAGUAGCAUUAUCAGUUGCCACUGAAAUAUGUUCUUGGCGUGUUGAGAUUAUGUUGAAUAUCUAUGUAUAUCGUCUGUACAUUGUACAUAUAUAUAAAUAUUCAUGAAUAACAUAGAUCUGGAUUGAGCAAUGUGUAUGUUUAACUUGCAUUAGCCACUUAUUUAACAGUUAACUAACAAAAAGAACAAGAUCGACAUACAUAUUUUAACUG